CACAGCUGACAGAAUAAUGGGGUCUUUGACUGUGGACUCAUCCUGGAGUAUCGCCUUUUAUUAAUAGAAUUGCAGAGCGAUGUAGGUGAUUCACAGACUGAACCAUGGAUGACAAACAGAAUGUAACCAAUAUGAACAUAUGUGAAGGUGAUGAGGUACCAAAGCUGCAGAGCUCAGAAUCCACUUUCUCAGAGUUGGAUGCCGAAGCUGCAGAUAAAACAGGAUCUUUGACUGAAGUCAACAGUACGUGCGAGGAGACAUCCACAGAGGAAACUAAACUGUCUUUAGCUGAUGUCUCUCUGAAUUUAUCACCAAAGGAGAAUUCUGUAGAAAACUGUGUGCAGCUUGGGUUUAAAGGUGGUCUGUCUACAGCGGUCUAUGUCUGCAGCCGCUGUUCUCUGGAAGGACACCAGCCAAAACCUUUACACACCCUGCUGCAACCCUUCCAAGAGAUCCAUGCACUUCCUGAUGUGAGCAAAUCGUUCACAUCAACCAGGAGUCAAGACCACCUGAAAACCUCCACAGCUCACACUGAAGCAGAUGGAAGCGACAUUUGUGCUGCGAUCCUGCUGGGGUGUCUCUUCUGCCGUCCCUUGGACUGCCUGCUGGAGACCUUCAGAGGUUGUACCAUGUGCCUCUGGUCGUUGUGCUCCUCUCUGUGUGGCUGCGAGUCUGUUGCUCUUCAGCCUCUCCUGGAUCUCACCCAAAGCUGCAACCCGUGUGCGUUUCAAAGCGCCCGCUGCUUCCUGUGCGACUGCACCACCUGUGACAUCUGCCUCCCAGCCACCGAGUGUCUGGACCUCGCUAUGGAGAUCUCUCAAAUGCUCUACCACUGACAUUACACAUCAAAAUAACAGACAUGAGCUG